AUGCGUCACGUGAAAACCUCUUUCAUGCCAAGCCACCUCCUUCAUUUUAUUGCUUUCUACUGCAAUUGUCGUGUUUACAUUCACCCAUCCCAAUCUUCUUCACACCCCUUUCUUUAUAGCUUUGCUUUAAGAAACAUAUUUGAAGGAAGUCAAAAAAACUGUAUCCUCUGUCGCCGCUAUGUCCACUCCUUCUUUGCCAGAUUCUCCUCAGCUAGAAUCCAGAUUUUCUCCAUUGUCAUCCCCUCUUGUGCCCGUCGCUGCUCAAACAUCGUGAGACGGAAGUUGACUGGGUAUGUUGGGUUCGCCAAUUUGCCUAAUCAAUGGCAUAGGAAGAGUGUCCGAAAAGGAUUUAACUUUAAUGUUAUGGUUGUCGGUGAAUCUGGGCUUGGAAAAUCGACUCUCGUGAAUACUUUGUUCAAUACCUCUCUAUACCCCCCCAAGGAGCGCAGGGGACCUUCCCUCGACAUCAUCCCCAAGACCGUUUCAAUUCAGUCGAUCUCAGCUGAUAUCGAAGAGAAUGGCGUUCGUCUUCGCCUUACUGUUGUCGAUACCCCAGGAUUCGGUGACUUUGUCGACAAUGAUGAGUCCUGGCGCCCAAUCGUUGAUAACAUUGAGCAACGUUUCGAUGCCUAUCUGGAAGCCGAGAAUAAGGUUAACCGAAUGAAUAUCGUUGACAACAGGGUCCAUGCCUGUGUCUACUUCAUUCAGCCUACCGGACAUGCUUUGAAACCCCUAGAUAUCGAGGUUAUGCGAAGGCUUCAUACCAAGGUCAACUUGAUCCCGGUCAUCGCUAAGGCGGAUACCUUGACCGACGAGGAGAUUGCUGAAUUCAAGAAGAGAAUUCUUGCGGAUAUCGACCAUCACAAGAUCCAGAUUUUUGAGGGACCCCGUUACGAGCUUGAUGACGAUGAAACCAUUGCUGAGAACAAUGAGAUCAUGUCAAAGGUACCGUUUGCUGUUGUCGGUGCCAACUCCGAGGUUACCAACGCGGAUGGCCGUAAAGUUCGUGGUCGUCGCUACCCUUGGGGUAUCAUCGAGGUUGAUAACGAGGAGCACUGCGACUUCGUCAAGUUGCGCCAAAUGUUGAUUCGCACACACAUGGAGGAGCUCAAGGAGCAUACCAACAACUUCCUCUACGAGAAUUACCGUUCUGAUAAACUCACCGCUAUGGGUGUUGCUCAGGACCCAAGUGUCUUCAAGGAGGUCAACCCUGCUGUCAAGCAAGAGGAGGAGAGGACACUCCACGAACAGAAGCUCGCCAAGAUGGAAACAGAAAUGAAGAUGGUCUUCCAACAAAAGGUUGCUGAAAAGGAGAGCAAACUCAGACAAUCCGAGCAGGAACUUUACGAUCGUCACAGAGACAUGAAGGAGCAGCUCCAGAGGCAACGGUCAGAGCUAGAAGAAAAGAAGAGCAGGGUCGAGAGCGGAAGGCCAUUGGAGGAAAAGGGGAAGAGAAAGGGGUUUUCGCUACGUUAAAGGCCAUGGAGUCGUAAAAGCGGAUUUCGGAUGGUGGUGGAGUUGGGGAAUAACAGCUGAAGUAAUUAUCCUGGAGAAGCUUGGGGACUACGACGUAACACUUUUGCAUUUCCUUUCUCUACCUUUGGCCCGACCUUUUACAGAUUCCCAUUGACAUUCAUUUCGAUAUCUUUCGUUACUCUCCUUUCUUUCCCUUGGGCCUCUUAUUAUUUCUUUUUAGUACCGAAUCUGAAGUCUCUCUCUCCUAUCUCCUUUAUCUUUUUAAAUCCAAAAAUCCGUGUUCGUAGGUAUGCUUUGGACGUCCUGGUCUUAUCAUCUUUUUCGUUCUUAUCACUUACUGUUUUCAAUUCUGUGUACCGUGAUUCUUAAUCGUGAAAACGUUUUGUCGUAAAUUAGCUAGCAUCCAGAGCACUAGCGGAGGGUUUCAUUUUCGUUUUCUUCUCUUUUCAUUUUUAGCUUAACUGAUGGGAAAAGGUGGUGGAGGGUGUGAUAAUGUUGAUUUUUUUUCGUCCU